ACUUCCGGCGAUGACGUCAGAGACAGCAUGGCGGCGGCGGAGAAGGCGCAGCGCUACGAGGCGUUCGUCAGCGACGUCCUGCAGCGAGACCUGAGGCGGGUGCAGGAGCAGCGCGAGGCCGUGUUCGAGCAGCAGGCACAGGUGCUGCAGCUCCGCUCCGCCCUCAGCCGUCUGCAGGACGCCGCCGCCCCCCUGCACACCCAGGUGGAUCUCGGCUGCAAUUUCUUCGUCAGCGCCGAAGUCCCGGACCCCCGGCGCGUGUUCGUGGCUCUGGGUUUCGGGUUCUUCGCGGAGCUGACGCUGCCUGAGGCCCUUCGGCACCUGGAGCGCCGCAGUUCCCUCCUGCAGAGGCUCAGCGAUUCCCUGACGCGCGACGGGGCCAAGAUCCGCGCCCACAUCCGGCUGGUGCUGGAGGGCCUGCGGGAGCUGCAGGGGCUGCAGGAGCCCCCCAUGACCUCUGACCCCUGACGGACACUGCCCUGGCCCUGCCCCCUCGGCUGGGAGUAAACCUGGAGUAAUGUGGAGAUUUUACACCUGGGAGUAACCUGGGUGUAAGCCUGGAGUAAAUCGGAGGUUUUACAUCUGGGAGUAAACUUGGAGUAAAACUGAGCUUUUAUAUCUGUGAGUAAUCAGUGUGUAAAGCCAGAGUAAAGUGGAUUUUUUACACCUUGGAGUAACCUGUGUGUAAAG